GGGCAUGCCCCCCUCGGAUCGUAAUGGCGUCGUAAACAAGCCUUGCAAUUGUUGCAAGGGGCAGGAAGACUUACGAAGUUGCAGUAGACAGAGGAAGAGGUAUUCGGGUCCAGAGAAGAAAAACAUAGAAAAAGACGGAGAGAAUAUGAAAAAGAGAAAACACCCGUACACGGCGUCAGGUGCUAUGGCAGACGUCAACGCCUUUCUACGCCAGAGGACGCCUCAUCGGAAGGGCAAGAAAAAUGAAGAUGAUUCCGGCCUUGACCUUGAAGCGGCGGAAGCAUUGCUGUUGACCGUCCUUGAAACAGAGGUCAACGUCACAGAUCUGGACGGGGACGUCUAUGCAGGAAAUCUCACAAUGGACGUUCUGGAGGCGGUGUCGAGGAUAAUGUCGCUACACACAGGUCGGCAUCACAGAAUGAUUCUCGGGGCUGACAAAUUCCUCCGUAAGCUGGAGAAGGAACUGCUUCGAGACAAGACGGAACUUACCUUCAAGGACAAUAACUGCAAGUUUCAUGCUGAGAAAUUUGACGGGAAGAGGUCGGCUAGGUUUCAGUUUGAUAAAGUCUCCGUUAUAGUUCCUCCGCUUGAAUCUAACGCAACAGGUGACUCAAAGUACGGCCAAGUGAUGGUCGCCAUCUUGGAUUCUGAACUGGGUGCUGUCAACGAGUCGUCACGAAUCACACCCAUUGUGUCAGUGAACAUCGGCGCACAUGAUUCGAUGACGUCAACACUCGAUCUACAGUUCACGCAUGUGCCUUUGGAUCGCAACAGACUGAGUCCAUUGUGUGUGUUCAUGAAGGAAGAUCUACACAGUUCAGAGUGGUCCCCUUCCGGUAUAGAAACUACCCGGAUGACGGACAGUAGUACCGUGUGCAAAUCCAGUCACCUGACCAACUUCGCCAUCAUAAUGCAGCCAGUGAAACUGACGGUGCCCCUGUCGGAUGUUGCCGGUCUGGAAGUAACGUCACUGAUCGGAUGUGUCGUCUCAAUCACGGCACUGUCCAUCACUUUCAUCAUGCUGAUAGGAGUCAGACGGGCGUCCAAGAGGCUGUACAUACUGAAGAACCUGGUGUUCAUGCUGCUCCUGUCCCAGACGGUGUUCCUGCUGGGCAUCGAUAAGACCAACAAUGAGAUGGUGUGCAAGUCAGUAGCGAUCCUGCUACACUACCUGUUCCUGGCCUGCCUCACUUGGAUGCUCACACAGGGGAUGGAGCUCUACUUCAAGGUGUCAGAUGUCUUCAACCAGAAGAACCACUCUGUGGCAUACACGGUCGCCGCCUACCUAACACCCCUUGUCAUAGUGGGAGUGUCCCUGUUUACGUCCUACCAUUUGUACGGAAAUGAAGCAUACUGCUGGCUGUCGCCGGAUCAAGGUCUUGUGUUUGCAUUUAUUGCCCCAGCAGUGUCCGUGUUUACGGUCAACGUCCUUGUCCUUGUGCUCGUGAUGUUUAAGUUCAACAAGGUCAAGGCCAACGAAAAGAAGACAGACAAUCAAAAGAUAAAGUGCAACAUCCGGGCCUGCGUGAUCCUCCUCCCAGUGUUGGGGCCGACAUGGAUUGUGGGAGUGUUUGCCGUGAACAGCUCCACUGUCCUGUUCCAGUACAUCUUCUCCCUGCUGAACGGACUGCAGGGGAUGCUGGUUCUCAUCUUCCACUGCUUACUCAAUGAAGACGUGAUGACAUCGUGGAAGAAGAAAAUUGGUCUCCGCCAAAGUAAAGUCCACACAUCGGAAGUGAAGGUCACUACACCGACACAAGAUGCAUGGACGGGGCAGUUCCUAAAGCCAAAACGAGGUCUUCGGAGUGUUCAGGACAUUUUCACUGUAACAACAUCCAAACUGAAGCAAAUUUCCUAAGAGACCCGUGUCCCUGCCGUUUGUUGAGGAAGACACUGUUUGAACAGGCCAAACUUGCCCAAAGCGAAGUAUGACGAGAAUCAUGGCAUCGCCUGUUUCAAAUGUCUUUGGCGAUAAACAUAUAUAGUUAAUUGCUAAAGUUUUAAGAAAUAAAAUAUCAUGAAGUAUUUGAGGACAGUU